AUGCCCGCCCCGGAGCCUAGCGGAGCAGGGCCGCGGGGGGGUGGGGCUGGCGGCGGGGGCUGGGGAUCCAGGCUGCGGGCGCGCGGCGAACUUCCCAACUCCCGCGCUGCGUGCCGGCCCGCGGGGGGAGGGAGUCCCGUGGCGGGAUUGGGGGUGGGGAGGGCGUCCCGUUUCCGAGUGGGGAAGAGCCAGCCCCACGCCGGUCCGCCUCCCGCCCGCUGCCGGGCCUCCCUCCCGCCUGCCCGCCGCCUGGCUCGGAGAUCCUUCGCCCAGAGUUCUCCAUUCCCAGGAUCCCGGGCUCGCGGGGGUGCGGAGAAGAGGACCCAGGAAAGGAGUAUGGGACAGCCAUCGCUUGACCCAUCCCAGCGGAUCAAGUUUAAGACUUCCCUCCUGCUGCAUGACCAGAGGCCCCCCUCUUCGAUGGACCGAGAACUACGCUGGCUGACAUGGACCCUCCUCGGCAGAAAAAGUGAGUGAAUACAUGAGCCAUCCAAGUGAGUGGAUAACUGGGAGGUAAAUUCUGCCAUGAGAGGUUUCUCUGUCCUGUGGUGCAGUGAGGAGACGAAUGUGACCUGCCCCACAAAGAGUGAGUGAGGGUGACAUGGGCUCAUCUAUCUGUAUCUCAGGGUCCUUGCUUUCAGUUGGCCUCCAUGGCAGUGACAAACAGAUGACAUGGUUUGACUUUGGGUCAUAUCUUGGUUUUGCCUUCAUUAUUUCUUUCUUAUUUAGUUGUUUGUAGUACUGAGGAUUUGAACCCAGGGCCUCUUACAUGCUAGGUGAGUGUUCUCCCACUGAGCACUAGUCCCAGUGAACUGAAUGAUAAAUGGCGCUGGUUACUGAGUGAAAAGGUCACGAGGCGCAGCCAUGACUGCCUAGUAGCAGAGCUUUAUUAGGAGGAAGAGGGAUGGGGGGAGAAGAACCAGGCCUGGGAAGGAGCACGUGCAGAGAGAGGGAAAGAUGGUGGAGGAAGAGGGAGCAGAACAGAGAGAGAGGAUGGGGUGUGAGUCAUGGCUUUUUAAGGCCCAGGUGGGCCUACAGAGCUACACCACAUGCGCUGAUUGCGUGACCACACUGCGAGCAUGUAGUCACCAGCGCACACUGAUGACGUAAGACGCAAUACCCUUUGCUUAACUCCUGAACUGUGCAUGUGCGGUCAUGCAG